UAUCCACCUCCCCUCCCCUUGGGAAACCUAGGAAAGGAGGGUUUGCUGCUGGUUUCUGUCAGCGCCACAGACCUCUCCACAAUAUCCAGGGCGAGAUCUAGGAAUCUUCGAACAGAAACAGCGAAACAGGAAGACACUUGGCCAUCGACUCAUUGCGCUUUGCCAGUGGUGAGAUCGCGGUGGGUUGAUUCUCCUCACCUCUCCAUGCAGUCACUAUGCAGAGAGCAAUCGGCUUCCCUGCACUGUGCCUGCUUGUUAAUCUCCACGCUGCAGGAUGUUUUUCAGGAGAUAGUGACCACCUCUUGGCAAUUCAUCAGAGGAAGAUUGGGAAGCCUGUAUUUAUCUAUCAUCACGCGCAAACUAUUGAGAAGAGCUUGGACACAAGCCAUGAAAAAACAUAUAAACACAGCUUCCAUUCCCCUUCUCAUAUGCAAACAAGCAAACGACAUCCUGGCAUAAUUGUUAAGUCCACAUUUACUAGACCUGCGUACGACCCAUCUCUCAAUUUGCUAGCGAUGACAGGUCAAGAUCUAGAAGUGGAAAACCUUCCAAUCCCUGAAGCAAAUGUGAUUAUCGUGGUGAACAUCAAGAGGGACUCUGGGGUAGUAGAUAAAAAGUUGGCUUCAGAGGCAAGAAGAUUCAAGUUUGAAUCUUACCUCUACUACAACCAGUCUGUGUGA